AUGAAGUUCAUCGCCGGCUUGUCUUUCCUGGCCUCUCUGGCCGCCGCCGUUUCCAUUGAUGUCAACAAGCGCGACACUCCUCUGGAGGUCAAGCUCGAGCUCCUUGGCAACACCGGUGUUAAAGCUUCGAUUACCAACACCGGCGCCUCCGCUCUCAAGCUGUUCAAGGUCGGCACGCUCUUGGAUGAGCAGCCGGUCGAGAAGGUUGAGGUCCACGCUGCUGACAAGCAGGUUACCUUCGACGGCAUUCGCUACCAGAUCUCUACCCAGGGCCUGACCGAGGAGGCCUUUCAGAGCAUCGCCGCCGGCGAGACCAUCGAAGUCGAGUUCGAUGCCGCCGAGACGCAUGACCUGAGCGAGGGCGGUGCCGUCGAACUGCUGAGCCAGGGCGCCUUUUCCUACGCCGAUGCCGACUCGACCGUCAUCACCGGCGUCGUUCCCUUCACCAGCAACGUUGUCUCGACUUCGGUCGACGGCGCCGCUGCCAAGGCCGUGCGUGAGUCCUUCCACGAGAAUAUCAAGCGCACCAUCGUGCAGUCCUCCUGCACCGGCUCGCAGGGCACCGCCACGCGCAACGCCAUCUCGGCCUGCCGCUCGCUCGCCCAACGCGCACAAACCGCCGCGUCCUCUGGCUCUGCCACCAAGUUCCAGGAGUACUUCAAGUCGACGUCGACGUCGACGCGUAGCACCGUGGCCGCCGUCUUCGGCCGCAUUGUCAGCGAGUGCGGUAGCACGACGUCAGGCUCGUCGCGCUACUACUGCAACGACGUGCUCGGCGCGUGCAGCAACGGCGUCCUGGCCUACACGCAACCUUCCACCAGCAUCAUGGUCAACUGUCCGCUCUUCUUCUCCGCCCUCUCCCCGACCAGCUCCGCCUGCCAUGAUCAGGACCAGCAGACCACCAUCCUGCACGAGAUGACCCACCUCACCCAGAUCAGGGGCACCUCCGACUACGGCGGCUACGGGUACAACUUCGUCCGCUCUUUGACCGCGGCCCAGAACUUGAACCAUGCUGAUACGUACACUCUGUACGCUCAGGGUAAGUGA